AAUUACAUUACAAGAUAUUACUGUCAACUGGAUGCAAUUACGUGUACAAAAAUGAAGUUUUCUGAAGGUGAUACUGUACUUGCCAAAUACCCAUCUACAGAUGAGUAUCAGAAAGGUAAAAUAUUAAGUGUCAGAGGUAAUUGGUGUAAAGUGCAAUUUGAAGCUGGUGUUGAAUAUAUUGUUCAUUCAACAGACAUUAAGGUAAGCAGACCAUCACGAAGUACAGUAAGAUCAAAUAGUAGAGGAAGGAAAAGUCCUGCUCGAAGUUCACCAAGCAGGAGGUCUCCAAAUAAACGUUCACCAGGAAGAUCUCCAUCUGCGAAAAGAAGCUCAAGGGGCAGAGAUGCAAGAAUUACUCUGCCAAGAAUAGAUAUAUCUUCUGACAUAUUUAGCGAUAACAAUGUCAUUAGCACAAAAAGUACAAAUGAUGAGAAUUUUAUUGAGUCAAUGCCUCUCCAAUCCCGAUUGAAAGAACUGGGAACAGUUACACGUAGAUCAACAAGAUUACUCUCUGGUAUGCUAAAACCUGAAUCAGACUAUAAAAUGGAAAUGUUGACCAGAAGUAUUAACAGAGCUGUCUCACUUCCAUUAGAAAGGAAGAGUCAGUUGCAUGAUCUUAACAUUGAUGGGAAGGAGAGAGGUUUAUCAGUACAAAGAGAUCAAGAUCUACUAAAACCAAUAAAUUAUGAGAAAGAAGUAGAACCAGAUUCACGAGUAACAGAAAAACGUAAGAUAGAAAUAAACAUUGUUAGCGAACCACAAGAAUGGGGAGGAUGGUUUGGUGCUUCGAUUCUUAUAUUAUUGACACCUGUGCUUGUAAUAUUGCCACAAUUGAUGUGUACGCAACAACAGUGCAAAUUUGGGUAUUCUAAGAUACCAAAGGACAUAAAUUCUUAUGUAAACUUAACAACUUUUACAACAUACCUCGGAUUCUUUUUGUUUAUAACUAUGAUUUCAAUUGCUCCAAUUGGAAAGAAGGUUGAUGGGCCUCAGAGUAGAAUUGGAAGACUGCAAUACCGUGUAAAUGGAUUUUUGUGCGCUAUUUUAUCAUUAAUUGUAUUUAUCGUGUGUGUAUAUAAUGAAUUCAAUAUCACAGAUCUAAUUAUAGAGAAUUUUGUACAAUUUUCAAUCAGCGGUUGGCUUCUCGGAGUAAUUUUAUCGGUAUUGUUGUUCAUCAAAGGAAGCAAAGCUCCCGUAGCGAAUCUCAAUAUGCAUGGUUCUACCAACAGUCGGAUCUAUAACUUUUGGCAAGGAAAAGAGACAAAUCCGCGAAUCGGUGCAUUAGAUGUUAAAAUUAACAUUUUUCGUUCAGCUAUGAUAGCUAUGAUGCUUAUAAACUUGACCAUUGUAAUUAAAGCAAUCGAAGAAGCAGAAAGUUACAGUGUAGAGCACAUCAACAUAAGUGUUCUACUGACCGCUUCAUUACAGAUAAUCUACGCAGUUGAUGCAUUAUUCUUUGAGCCUACAGUAUUCACGUCUUUUGAAGUAAUGUAUGAGGGUACUGGAUACAUGUUGUGUACUGGUUACAUGAUAUAUCCAUUUUUACCAACUCUUACAACAAAAUAUGUACUGUAUAAUAAAGUAAAGUUUAGCUACUUGUUCGUCUUUCCUGUACUAUUCUUUUUUGUUGGCUACUUGUUGUACAGGGUUAGUAAUUCGCAGAAAAAUGAAUUCAGGAAAAACCCUCUGUCUCCGGCAUUGGCGCAUUUAGAAACUAUUCCAACUAUACGUGGCAAGAAACUAAUAGUGUCUGGAUUAUGGGGUCAUGUGAGGCACCCAAAUUACUUGGGUGAUAUAAUAAUGUGGUGGUCGAUAUCAUGUAUAAGUUUGUCAUUUGAUAUUCUACCUUACUAUUAUGCAAUCAUGUGCACAGGAUUACUGUUACACAGAGCAAUAAGGGAUAAUGAACGUUGCAGACUCCGCUACGGAUUAGCUUGGGAACAGUAUAUGUCACGUGUAAAGUAUAUGAUUUUAUAUCGUAUAUUUUAG